ACAGUAUACUCAAACAUGGCUGACGACAGGGAACGGGCAGAGAUCCUGGUGACAGGGGUCCACAAGAGGAUCAACGAUGCGUUUCAAGUGUUUGAUCACGACCUGAACAAGACGGUCGAUGUCAGGGAGAUCGGUGCCAUUGUUCGUUCUCUGGGCUGCUUCCCCACUGAGGCAGAGCUGCUUGAUAUCAUAGAUGAGGUGGAAGAACCCAAUGGAUUCAUCUGCUUUGAGAGGUUCCUCCCAACAAUGAGUAAAAUACUUAUGGAGAACAAGUUCCGCCCCAUACCCGAGGACACGCUGCUUAAGGCGUUUGAGGUUCUUGAUCAACAGAAGAAAGGACACCUGGAACCGAAUGAACUGACAGAGUACAUGAGACAGGGAGAUGAACCUUUCACCCAGUUGGAGAUGGAGGAGAUGCUGUCUUCAGCGGUGGAACCUGACUCCAAUCUUAUCUACUACAAAGACUUUGUCAAUAUGAUGGUGCUGGAUGGGGAGAGAUGAUUUCACAGCAUUUUGAUCUCUUCAUCUUUUAUAUGUUUGAACUAAUAUGUCAGCAUUAGAACCAUCAGAAAGAUUAAUCGAUUUGGAAACCCAAUUUACGACUUCUGAAGGUUAUUUACGAUAAUACGGACACAUUUAUAUUUAGAUAUAUAUGGUUUAAAAGAUGAAUGUACUUUUAUAACGCAUACUAAUAUCACACCAACAGAAUUUCUCAACAUUUGAUGGGUUUGUGGAAUAUCAAGUCAUGGUGCGGAAAAACAAGUAAAUGAAACAUUGACUUAUUCAUGAGCAAAACACACUUUAUAUUAACAUAACGUUUGCAUGCAUGUAAUGCUGAACCCCAACUGUGGAACAUGUAUGACUCAAUGAAUGAUCUGUAGAUUGAUAUGUUAAUGAGCACAUAAAACCAAUCCCAUGCAUGUUAAAGACAUGCAUGACAACUUAAAUUCACAGUAAAAACCUGGACAAUAAUUCUUUACUUUCCGGGACAAUGCAGGAAAUGGAGGAUAUCAGCAACGAAAAAAAGCAUGAAACUCUCAAGACAUUCCCUUUUUAUACAACGCCGCCAAAUACAGAAGACAUAAAAUAUAUGCCCUCAGCAUCAUCCAAGGACAGAAACCAAAACAAAGUUCAUCACACACACACACACACAAACAC